UCCCCCUCAGCGACGACUCACACGAGCUGCCUCGGGUAAUCCGCUCCUGCAGACUACCGGAUCGCAACCAUCUCGACCAUCCACAGCUCAGCGGCUCAUUGCGGGAUCUUGAGGUGAUUUUACUUUGCAACAUGUCGUCUUUGCGUACUUUUGCCACGAACGCUCUACGAUCCUCUACCACCACAACCACCACCUUCACCACUCCGAUCCUCACCACUGCCACUCGCACAUUUCCUCGACCCAUCGCCGCCAAACUCGUCCAGCGCCGCACCAUGGCUUCCAAACAGAUCCCCAAGAUCAAGGUCAAGAACCCCGUUGUCGAGCUCGAUGGCGACGAGAUGACCCGCAUAAUCUGGAAGAACAUCAAGGACAAGUUCAUCUACCCAUACCUCGAUAUCGACCUCAAGUACUACGAUCUCGGCCUGGAGAAGCGGGACGAGACCAACGAUCAGAUCACGAUCGACGCCGCGACGGCCAUUCAAAAGUACAGCGUUGGUGUCAAGUGUGCCACAAUCACACCCGAUGAGGCUCGUGUGGAGGAGUUCAAGCUCAAGAAGAUGUGGUUGUCGCCCAACGGCACCAUCAGGAAUCAGCUCGGCGGCACAGUUUUCAGAGAGCCAAUCGUCAUUCCACGGAUACCUAGACUUGUACAAGGCUGGCAAAAGCCUAUUGUCAUCGGCCGUCACGCUUUCGGUGACCAGUACCGGGCAAAGGACCAAGUCAUCAAGGGCCCGGGCAAGCUGGAGAUGGUCUUCACGCCGGAGGGUGGUCAGCCGGAGAAGAUUGAGGUCUUCCAGUUCACCGAUAAGACUCAAGGCGGUGUUGCCAUGACCAUGUACAACACCACCGAGAGCAUCUCAGGAUUCGCCCACGCUUCUUUCAAGCACGCUCUGUCUCUCAACUACCCAAUGUACAUGACCACCAAGAACACCAUCCUGAAGAAGUAUGAUGGUCAGUUCAAGGACAUCUUCCAGGACAUCUACGAGAAGGAUUACCGCAAGGAGUUUGAGUCUAAGGGUCUGUGGUAUGAGCACCGUCUCAUCGACGAUAUGGUCGCGCAAAUGAUCAAGAACGAGGGUGGCAUGCUCAUCGCCAUGAAGAACUACGACGGAGACGUCCAAUCCGACAUCGUCGCCCAAGGCUUCGGCUCCCUCGGCCUCAUGACCUCCGUGCUCGUGACUCCCGACGGCAAGACCUUCGAAGCCGAAGCCGCCCACGGCACCGUCACCCGCCACUACCGCGAGCACCAGAAGGGCAACCCGACCUCCACGAAUCCCAUCGCAUCCAUCUUCGCCUGGACUCGUGGUCUCGCCAAGCGCGGUGAGCUCGAUGAUACACCCGAAUUGGUCAAGUUCGCCGAGAGCUUGGAGGAGGCUUGCAUCCACGUUGUCGACCAGCAAGGAAUUAUGACCAAGGAUUUGGCCAUCAGCUGUGGGAAGAAGAACGACUACGUCACGACUGAUGAGUACUUGGAAGCGGUCGAGAAGCGCAUGAGAGCGGUGCUGUCUAGCAAGUUGUAG